AUGGCUCCUGAAGCAUUUGGCGGCGGCGAUAACAAUAAACAAUGCUAUACUUACGCUAGUGACCUCUAUUCUGCUGGACUUGUUUUAUGGGAAUGUGUCGAAAGACGAAACGUUUUCCAUGAGACCGAAGACCAAUGGGAACUCAAGUCGAGAAUUUGUCUCGGGAAUCGUUUAGAAAGAGCAGAAUGCCGAUGUCCUAUUGCUGAUCUCAUCGAAAGAUGUCUUCGCCUUGUUCCAAAGAAAAGGAUAAGUGCCUCAAAAGCACUAGAAGAUGCCAAUGUUCUAAAAAUGGAAUCAUUUUAUCAAAAAUUCUGCAAAGAGCCGAGCGUUUGCGCAGCACCCUCGGAAAGUACAGCACCAUUGUCGGUCAUUGGUGCACGCGCGAGUUGGGAAGAGCUGACAAUAGAAGAAAAGACGGCCUGGUAUGCUGAAAAGUACAAUUGUGCACAAUGCAAGAGCAAAGUGCCAGGGCUCACGACUGUGGCUACAGAGAUUGGGAUAGAUUUCAAGGAGUGCGCCAGACCAUCGACAGAAAUAGCUGUACAAACAGCUCCUCAUUUGAAGACUGUCGCUGCUCAAGCUGCUCCUGAAUUGAGGACUGCGGCCUCCGCCACCGAUUUUUUUGUUCCUUAUCCGGUUGCUGUUCGCGCUGCACCAAAACUGCAGAGUGUUGCUGCUGUCCAACCAGUUCCAGCCAUGAAUAACAUGAAAGCAAACCUCACAAAGGAAGAGGAUGAGGUACCGGCAUUUUACCAU